UAUUUAAGUUCCGUAGAAGUUGUAGCUUUGCUUCAAAUUUAUAACAAAUGCAUUCCCAAUAUAUAGCAGUACAUGGCGGUAGCAGGGACAUGCACAACCGUUGUUGUGGUGGACGCGCUUGGUGCGUGAAGGAUAUUUGCGGUAUUGUCUGCGCUGUAUUCACCUGGCUGCUAAUACUGUUUGCCGAGUUUGUUGUAAUGCGUGUCAUAUUGUUGCCGAGUCCGUAUCCUAUUUUUAGCACUAUAAACAUAAUUAUAUUCCAAGCCCUUGCCUUUCUCGCUUUUGCAUCACACAUACGCACGAUGAUGUCAGAUCCUGGUGCAGUACCGCGCGGUAAUGCAACUAAAGAAAUGAUUGAACAGAUGGGUUACCGUGAGGGUGAAAUGUUUUUCAAAUGUCCUAAAUGUUGUAGCAUUAAACCGGAACGGGCGCACCAUUGCUCAGUAUGCCAACGUUGCAUACGUAAAAUGGAUCAUCAUUGUCCAUGGGUAAAUAACUGUGUGGGAGAGAACAAUCAAAAGUUCUUUGUGUUAUUUACGUUUUAUAUUGCCGCCAUAUCGAUACAUGCCAUGUUUUUGGUUGUCACAGAGUUUGCACAAUGUGUACAUACAGAAUGGCGUCAAUGUUCACCCUAUUCGCCACCUACAACUAUAAUUUUACUGCUGUUUCUAUCAUUCGAAGCGUUACUUUUUGCAAUUUUCACGCUUAUUAUGCUGGCUACGCAAUUAACUGCCAUCUUUAAUGACCAAACGGGUAUUGAGCAAUUGAAAAAAGAAGAAGCACGUUGGGCAAAAAAAUCUCGCCUAAAAAGCAUUCAUUCAGUAUUUGGACGUUUUUCGUUGGCUUGGUUCUCACCAUUCACUAAACCAUCAUGGAAAACAAAAUUUAAUACACACUUCUAUUCAGUUUAAGAAGAAUAUGAAAUAAUUCAUUUCCCACUUAUGCGAAUACAUCACUUGAAUGAAAAAUUAAGAGUUUUUGGAAACCAAUUCAGUGAUAGUUGGCGAUUUGGCUAAAACCGUCCGUUUGCACUUCGAUAGAUUGUAAACCUCGGCAAGAUUAUUCGCAGCGGGUUUAAAAUAUUAUAAAAUAUUUAUAUCUUUUAAGUUCUACAGCCAAAGAGCAAAAUUCAUUUUUUUAGACAAAGUGAAAACGUAUGUGCAAUCGGCAGGUUCGCUCUUCUAAACCCGGAUUUUCUUUCACUUAUCCUGAAUGCGAUUUCCUUAUUCUAGCUUUAAGAGUUUUAGGUUAAGUAUAAAUGCAUAUGCAGUUGUUUGUGGCUGCAAAAUAAGCAUUCAAUGAAAGUUAACCCAUAUACAUACAUGAUUCAGCCGCAUAUUAAUGUUUUAUGUCGUAUUUGGUCUAACUAAAUUGAAAAAACUCUGAUGGCAAACAUUUAUUAUGCUAAACAUGCAAUAACAACAAUUGCAUGAUUUGCCUUAAAAGUGAAAUAGCGCUAAAUGGAAAAUAGCAUAUAAAAAUAAUUGGUUAAGAGAUGUGGAUUGCUCAUCACUUUAUGCACACAUACUCAUCUAUACAUUUAUGUACAUAUGUAUGGAUGUGGUAGAUAUUGGGCGUUAUAAAUAAAAACUAAGCAAUUGCUUUUUCUUAAAAU